AUAUCUAUUCAACACUCCCCCAAUUUCCCAUGCUAUAAAAGCCAGGUCACUCAUGUCAAAUCUUACUUACCAGUUACCACUACAUGAAACAGGCAAGUGAAAUUAAAGAAAGAGAAAGAUGGUUUCCAACCUACAAAGGAGGAUUGCACUGCGUAGAAAGCUUCACAUUCUGCGAACUCUCACCAACUCCAAAUCUGUGAAAAAGAGUUCCAUAAUCAUGGACAGUCUUCUCUACAUUUACAAGUUAAAACUCAAACUGGAAGAAAUCAAAAGAGAGUACUCAAACCUCAUGGCAAUCAAAAAGGAAUACUUAAACUUAAUGAAACACAUUCAAGUCCCCAAGGAGGUGAAAGUGGAGCAGGUUGGGGAAAAGUUUUUAGUAAGGGUGAUAUGCAAGAAAGGAGAGAGCAGUCUGGUUUCAGUUUUAGAAGUGUUGGAUGAAGUGGGUCUGAAUGUUCUACAAGCUAGUGUUUCAUGCAAGUAUUUUUUUGCCAUGGAAGCAAUUGCUGUUGCACAAAACCAACAGGCUGUGGAUGUCAGGGAAGUCACUCAACUUAUUCUCAAGGCUAUUGAAAAGCAAGAUGUUCCUGGUUUAGUUAAUGACUCAAAGUAGUCUAUUUUGUAAUUAAUAACGAAGAUAUUAUUACUACUUUUAUCGUUUCCUGGAACCAUGUACUUAAUGUAUCUCUUCCAUUUCUGAAUGCAAAAGAAUGAACGAACAGAGAUGAGAUGGUAUUCAGAAAUUUCA